UUGAAGUAGGCGAGCUCUCCGUAAUCAAAACAAAGUCGUCAGCGCCGCGUUUUCACGUUUUGCGAGAUUUUAUUUUAGUUUGACAAUUUUCACUUUUUUGCAUCAUUGAAAAAUGUUGAUUUAUUGCUGAUCGUGUGGACAAAUUCGAGUAACAACUUUUGCCAAUCAGUUUCAGCAGACGAUAUCGCAGACUACCCAUUUGCCAACAGAAUGAGUGAACCCAACCCAGGAGAUAUUGCCAGUUUCGUGCCAGCUGGGUACGAUAGCGAUGAUUCGGAUGACGAGUUUUUGAUGACCUCACAUGACUCGAACGCAUCAUUCGGUUCUGCUGGUAGCGGUAGACACUUUGAAGAUGAACGUAUUAAAAUUGUUCCGCACAUCGGAUGGCACGCUGGUCUCGGUGAGCGGGAUUUCGAGAUCUCGUUGGACGAAAACAUUGCAACCUGGUUCGAAGGUUUUCGGGAAAGUUUCAAAACAUUCAAAAAAGGUCCACUGAUAACGCAACGGUUGCAAAUGUUUUACCUGAACACCCAAAAUCCGUUCGAGUGGGCACUGAAACUAUUUGCCAACUGUUCGGACAAUAAUGCCCCGAAAAGUAAUUCCCUGGCAUACACCGUGAUGGAAGAGAUGGCUAAUUUUAAGAAAAAGUACAACGUCGGAACGGACGGCUUGGUGGAUGACAAUUUACGGAUGGUGGCAUUUAAUUUUGUGGCAAAACAAGGUCACUGUCUGUUGUUUCGUAUGGUAGCGGAAACUUUUGAACUCUUGGCCUGUCGCGAGAUGUUCAUUCCGAAGGUACGCGAGAUGAUCGCACGAAAGCAGUACAAAGAAGCUGGCCAGGUGGCGAUCGACCUGGAACUAUUUGAUGAUUUUGACGAGCACGAUUUUGUGAUGCCACUGUUUCUGCAGGAUAAAAUAUCAAUUGCUGAAGAUUACUUGAACAGAGCCGUACGGUUACAGAGGCCUGUCGUGAAGCUGAUUGAUUCGUUCUUUGACAAAAAGCAGUCGGUGGAGAGUCACUGUUCGUGGUACAUAACCGAACACAAUGUUACCGAUGUAUACUUUAGUAAAUUACACCAGAAACCGUUGAGUAAGCUAGUUCAGCGGUUGGCCAAGAACUACAAUGUUCCCAAGGAGUUUACACCCAACGUUAACAAAAUGAAAAAUUUUGGGGCCCUGCAAUUUUUACUGCACAAACGUUACUACGAGAAAAGUUUGAACAAGGAUUCGUGGGAUGAAAUGGUGCGGGACACUGUUCCAAUGGCCGACACGGAUCUUCAGCUGGAGUUGAUUUGUCUAUGCUCAAACUUCAACGAUCAGGCCGAAGCUGCCAAGUGGGCUAAAUACUUCCAAAUAAAAUUAAAGGAUCUUCCUUUGUUGGUGCAAGAUUACAUUGCCGAAAACGAUGGCAAGAAUGCGAAAGCGCUAAAGAAUACUGCGGAUGAUGAACAGUGGGAUGCACAGAGUAGUGAAGCAAUGCAUACUCUUAGCUUGGAUUGUCGUCACGUUCAUCUGGUCGAUUCGCGAGAGAAAUUCUAUGCAAUGAUUUCGGAUCUCAGACAGCAGUCACUAGUUGCGUUCGAUUCCGAGUGGAAGCCGACUUUUGGAGGUUCUAAUGAAGUUUCACUGAUUCAGCUGGCCACGUGGGAUGAUGUCUAUUUGAUUGAUGUCAUGAUGAGUCAACUGGAAGGGUCCGACUGGGUGGUGUUGGCCAAACAUGUGUUCAACAGGGACGACAUUCUGAAAUUGGCAUUUGCCCCUUCCACCGAUAUUUCCAUGUUCCAAAAGGCACUGCCAGCGUUCAAUGUAGUGUACAAUUCGCAAAACAGCUCGGGAAUACUGGAUUUGCAGGAUCUAUGGCGACAUGUUGAUACUAUCAAGAAUUUCCGUUUUCCAUUUGAGGAGGAAGUCGGCAGCCAAAAUUUAGCUAACCUGACUAAGCUGUGCAUUGGGAGGAAAUUAGAUAAAUCGAAUCAAUUUUCAAACUGGGCUCAACGGCCUUUGCGGAAGGAACAGCUACAGUACGCUGCACUGGAUGCGUAUUGUUUGCUGGAAAUCUACGAUGUGAUCCGAAAGGAACUGGCAAAAUUGCAGCUUGAUCCGAGCGAGAUUCUGAAUAAUGUGUUCUAUGAGAGCAAAUCCGGCGAGGGAGGAACAGGAAAGAAACGAUCGACAAAAUCUAAAGCCAGUAGAAGAUCAAGGCGUAAUGGCGGCACCGAAGAGAAGUACAAUAAACGAACAAGCCACGAUGCGGGAAGUAGCUUUUCCCAAGGAACUGGCACUCAUUUAAAUCGGAACAAUGCAAGUUUCGAUCAGCAAUCAGGCCCGAACGCGAAAUCUGUGUUCGUUUCUGAGGUGCAUUUCGUUUGUGACAAAAUGCUAGAGGGACUGGCCAAGAUGCUGCGUCGGUUCGGAAUCGAUACGGUGGCGAUCAAGAGCGGUGAGAAUGCUGAUCAAUGCGUUUUUGUAGCACUCCAAGAGCAGCGGUUCGUGCUUACACGAGGGUCUAACUUUUACAAGUUCGCAGAACAUCUUCAACCGGGUCACUGCUAUAAAAUCGGUAACGAUCGUGUCGAAGAUCAGCUGCUGGAGGUGCUUCGUUACUACCGGGUAAUUGUUCGGCAGGAGAACAUUUUCAGCCGCUGUCAGUUGUGCAAUUGUGGUCGGUUCCUGUCAGCCAGUCCGGGUGAUAUUCACUUUCUACUCCAUGGAACUGAAAUGCCGAAAUCCUUUAGGAGCGACAACCGGAGUAAGCCGGAGUUAGAGACGGAUUCGCAAAGGAUUAAACUGGAUCGUAGCUGGAUUCUGGAGACUCUUUCGGAGGAAGCUCGGUUGAGUGGCCGAACGGGCAGUGGCGCUAAAAUCGACACUAGCUACGUCGGAGAUACGGUGCUUGCCAACGUGGACGUGUUCUUCAUCUGUGAUGGGUGCGGCCGGUGUUAUUGGGAUGGGUCGCAUCUGGACAAUAUUCUUGCGGGGAAGCUGGCCGAUUUGCUAACGCUUAGGUACGAUUAGAAAUGAUUUUGGAAUAAAGUUGCAUUAUGUUCAUUUUGUAGAAAUGAAA